GAUUGGCUAUGCAUAAUUCUGUUUACAUAUUUGAUGAUCAUUCUGACGAUGAAAUCCCCACCCAGCAAGCUAUUCAGGAAAGCUUACAAGAUAUUCAUAAAAUGGAAAGAAGUGCCAAUGCAAUAGAGGAUGAAAGUUUCCUGUGCGUUGCAAGCAAAGAACGUGAAGAGAUAAUUGCUGCAAUCCGGACAGGCCAAGAAGAGGCCUUGAAGAAGUUGGUGAGGCACAGUUCUGCUUUUGAGGAAGCAGAUCAGCAAGGCUGGCUUCCUAUGCAUGAGGCUGCAGCUCAGCUAAAUAAGAACAUCCUUGAAAUAACUUUAAAAGCCUCCCGUUCCGUUACAUGGGAACAGACCACACUGAGAGGGGAAACACCUCUCAUGGUGGCAGUCAGAAACUGCUUUUUGGAAAACGUCCACUUUCUACUGCUCAAUGGUUGCAAUCCCAAUAUUAAGAAUGAAGAUGGAGAUUCUCCUUUAGUUGUAGCAAUUAAGCACAAUUCAUAUGAGGUUGCCUCCUUGUUGAUAAAUUUUGGAGCAAAGGUGAAUUUGCCGUGUAUCCACAAGAGGACUGCUUUACACGAGGCUGCCAGGCUUGGCAGAAAGGAUCUGGUGAUGCUUCUGCUUCGUUCUGGGGCAGAUCCUGAUCCUCGCAGUGGAUAUGGGCUCACACCUCUAGCGCUGGCUGCACAAGCUGGACAUACAGAAAUUAUGGAGCUCUUAUUGCAAAAAGGUGCUGAUGUUCUUUCACAGGCAAUGGAUUAUUCUUCUGUAUUAUUUGAAGCAGCAGGAGGAGGAAAUCCAGACUCUCUGAAUCUUCUGCUAGAAUAUGGGGCUGAUGCUAAUGUGCCAAAGCACUCGGGUCAUUUACCAAUCCACAGAGCUGCGUAUAGAGGACACUUUCUUGCCUUGAAGAAUUUAGUUCCAGUUACUAAUUUUGAUGCCAUUAAAGAAAGCGGAAUAAGUCCAAUUCACUCAGCAGCAGCAGGAGCACAUCCUCAGUGCCUCGAGUUUCUCCUCAAGUCUGGGUUUGAUGCCAAUUUUAUGCUGGAUCAAAGAAUUCGCAAAGGCUACGACGACCGCCGGAAAUCAGCCCUGUACUUUGCUGUUUCCAAUGGGGAUAUCAGUUCAGCACAGCUGCUGUUGAAUGCUGGAGCCCUGCCAAACCAGGAUCCCAUCAACUGCCUCCAAAUAGCCUUGAGAAUGGGCAACUAUGAGUUAAUGAAUUUACUGCUCCGGCACGGGGCCAAUGUUAACUACUUCUGCAGAGUGAACACAACGCAUUUCCCGUCGGCUCUGCAGUAUGCUCUGAAAGAUGAAGUCAUGUUAAGAAUGCUGAUGAACUAUGGCUAUGAUGUGCACCGCUGCUUCGAUUGCCCUCGGGGAGAUGUGUCCCAUUCCCAGUACAUGACUGAUGGAUGGACUUCUACUGUUAUCAAAGAUACAAAGUUCUGUGAAGUGAUAACCUUGUCAUGGCUGAAGCAUCUUUGUGGGAAAGUAGUGCGAGUAAUGUUAGAUUACGUUGAUCAUGUUAACAUCUGCUGGAAGCUGGAAGCAGCUCUCAAAGAACAGGAGCUCUGGCCAGACAUCAAUUCAAUUUUAACAAAUCCUCGCUCCCUGAAGCAUCUUUGUCGCCUGAAGAUACGGGAAUGCAUGGGCCGGCUGCGUCUGCGUUGUCCUGUCUUCAUGACCUUCCUCCCGCUGCCAAAUUGCUUGAAGGACUACAUUCUGUACAAGGAAUAUGACCUCUAUGGACCGGAAAGUUUCUUGGGAACCUCCAGUGUCAACUGCACAUAAUUAUUCUGUAUUUUGAAGGGAACGUCGAGGUGGCCUUAGAUGUGCACGGUCCAUGAGACACUAUGAAGGCAACAUCUGGCCACGGGCUGAUGCCACAAGGUCUGACUGGAUAACAGCAAAAGCAGGUACUUCUGCGAGCUACUGGCUA